AUGCCAGCUCCUCCUCCUCCACCUCCUCCUGGACCUCCGCCACCCCCCACUCUGGCCCUGGCAAAUACAGAGAAGCCAACCCUUAACCGUUCGGCACAACAAGGGAGAAGUGCCCUUUUAUCAGAUAUUGGCAAAGGCACAAAAUUAAAGAAAACUGUCACCAAUGACCGCAGCGCUCCUUCAUUAGACAAACCUAAAGGAGGAAAUGCUGGGGGCGUACCCGGCGGUGGUGGUGGUGGAGGCGGAGGGGGCUCUGGUGGAGGUGCUUCUUCUGGACUGGGAGGCCUCUUUGCAGGUGGAAUGCCCAAGCUGAGGUCUUCAGGCAGUAGAGACACCACUGACUUGGCCUCCAGUAGAGCACCCAUUCUCCCAACAGGACGGCCCUCUGGUCCAGCCUCUUUUGGCAGUGGAGGAGUGUCUGGUGGUCCGCCUAAACUCCCUGGAGCACCUUCUGGUUUGAGAAACAAUGCCCCUGAGCUCCCUAAAGGUCGGCCCAAUUUCUCCAGACAGGAUAGUCCUAGUGGGCCUCCCCCAGUCCCAAAUACCCCACGCCCCAAUCAAAGCCCUUCUUCUCGCACAGGCCCACCCCCUCCCUCACUUCCAGUCCCCAGACUUUCUCCCUCUUCUGGACCUCCUCUUCCGGGUAGACACGGACCUCUUCCUCCUCCUCCUAUGGGAUCAAGGACAUCAGGCCACUCUGCUCCCCCUCCUACAAUGCCAAAUGGCACUCGCCCACUACAACCCCCAGGCGGGAGGCCCCCACUUCCUGAUGAGAGACCUCCUUUGCCACCAGUGCCUGUGGGUGUAAGUCGUCCUACUAUGCCCCGGGAUGUCCCCCCUCCUCCCCCCUCAUUCAACUCCAAACCUGCAGUGUCCUCAUCACCAGCAUCCCGCUCUGCUGGAGGAGGAGCACCACCACUACCACCAGGACGGCCGGGACCCCCGCCUCUCCCUCCCACCCCUCCUGUUGGGGAUGACCACAACACUCCGAGACUGCCCCAGAGGAUCACCUCUCUCAACAGUCCUUCCUCUGCUCCUCCCCAUCGGUCUGGACCCCUACCACCACCUCCAAAUGAGAGGCCUCCAUCUCUGGGACGCAACCAAUCCUCAGUACGCUCAGGGCCUCUUCCCCCUCUUCCUCCAUCCAGCCGUAGUGCGGGCAGUAUCAGAUCGUCAGCAGCGCCCUCUCCAGUGGGACGUCCAGGGCCAGAGCCGUUCCGCAGUGUGCAUGGUGGGAGACCACCUCUUCCUCCAGACAGGCCUGGAACAGGAGCACCUUUACCACCACCACCAAUGGGCAAUGGCUUUCAAAACUCUCAUCACAACCAUAUGCAGGAUGAAUGGGAAUGUCGUUUCACCUUCCACCCAGUGUCUGAUCUUCCUGCCCCUGAGCCCUAUGUGCCUUUUCAGAAGACCUAUCCAAGCAAACUUGCCAAGGGCGAAGCCAAGGGGUCUGGUAAGAAGGAGAGGGGUGCCCCCCCUCUUCCUCCUAUAUCCAGCCCAUAG